CCGCGGUGACCUUGGUCGCGUGUGCCGGGUAACGCAGUAUAAUCUUCUUCUUUUCCUCGACCGUCGCGUCCGGUCAGUAUACCUCUGGUUUUAUCACACUGGCUUUACCUAUCCAGCAGCUACGGUCGGCCGUCGUUUGUCGCGUGACGAAGUCUCUCUGUCUCUUUCUCAAAAAAAAAAUCAAAUAUACGUACACAUCAAUCGCAGCCACAUCAGAGCUGUCGUCGCCGUCUGUAUAGUCAGUGGUCAGAUGCUAAACGACUAUCUAUCGUCUAUCUGUAUACAUUUUCCGCAGUUAUAUAAUAUUAUAUACAAGCAUAAUAUUACCAUAACACCGUUUCAAUCGUCGAAUAUCGCCGAAAACCACAAACAAAUGUAAGUACAAUAACUAUCACAAUACUAUAAUGUACUUUACUCGUAAAUAUUGUGUAUAAACACUGUAUGCACUAAAUAAAAACUAAAUUCGUAUAUUUUAUAAUUAUGCACAGCGUACUCGCUAUCUGCAAGAUUUGACGAUUUCCCACGAAAUUGUGCAUUGUAGAAAACUGUCGAAUCUUAAUGAUCAGUGGCGGAUAUCAGGCAAUGAUAAACUAUUAGGGUUUUUGUCACCACUCUAAUGUAUUGUUACCUGCAACUUAAUACUUAAUAGAUAGAAAUGUCACUGCCCCUGUGUAAUUAGCCCCUUCUCCGCCUCAGAACUUUAAUGUUUUUUUUCACUGUCACACAAACACUUUGUGUGGGUAUAUAAGUAAUAAUAUUGCGGAAGUACAAUAGUUCAAACGUAACGACAAAUAUUGUUUUACUGUGAUAUCAUUGUUUAAACAAAUCAAUCGAGUAAUAAUAGAUAAAUCGUUCGAGAAUUUCAUCAAGGUUUCGGCUGGGUUAAUUAAAAAAAAAAAGCUGACACUAGGGAUAGGUGCAGCCACUGUUGUAAGUGAGAAGUUGGGAUGGUAGGACGUAUAAGGUUAUUUUACUUAUAUCUGUAAGCAACGAUAAACUAUCGUUGAUGAAAGACGAUACCGAGCGCAGUUCAGUAAUACAUAAUUUGAAGUGACGUAUUUUUUUUUUUUUUCAAUUUUCGUAACAUUUUGGAAAUUUUACCACGUCUAGGUAAGUCCAAUGAAAGUAUUAUUACCAACUUUCAAGUCUUUACGUGUAUUUAUAACCGAAUAACACCAAAAAAAAAACUACCAAAAAUUAAAAUUCCUUAAAAGCUCAAAAAUGGCCCAAAAUUUUCGGCAAUAAUUUCGUAAGAAAGUAAAUCAAAAAGACAACAAAAAAGAUAUUUUAUGAUUUUUCGGUUAAAUCAAUAUUUCUGGUAGAAAACGUCGUCCGUGUUUUUAUAAAAUAAUGAAAUCGUGAAAUUGUACAAUUUCCCACGUUGUUCCCACUUGAGUGCUUUUAUUUAAAAAAUAGCGUCGAAAACAAAAAAAAAAACCUUGAGCUUUCGGAAAACGUGCUACGUUUUGACAUCGGAUCAAAUUUACUAUAAAAAAAAAAAAAACGUGUCCACAGACUAGAAAAAAAAAAAGAAUAAAUAAACAGCAUUGUAAAAUCAAUAGCUCCCUCGCUACGCUCGGAAUCUAAUAUUCAACCCGAUAAAUUAUCGUUAAUUAGUAGCCGUAUGAAAACAAAAAAAAAAAAAAAAUUAAUUAAAAUGCCGUGCGAUCUGGCAUACCUAUCUAUAUAAUUAUAAUAUUAUUAUAAUCGUCCGUUAAGGGUCGUUUGACUUGGCCGUGUCAAUUAUCAAUUGUCACUAUUUCAACUAAACGUUAUCCGAAAUUGAUUUAUUAAUGGUCGCUAAUCAUCGUGCAAUACAAUACACUACAUGUUUAAUUUCGGGUACGACAUGUGAUAAAUGCGAUAAUAAUGAUAGUAAUAAUAUACCUACAGUGAUGCGCCCGCGGUUUGUUCUACUGACCGCGUGAUACCAUACACAUAUACAAUACUAUACAAUAUUAUAUUUAAUACGAAAUUGUACAGUUCGUUUGCACUUUCUAAAUUGUUUUUUUUUUUUUAUUUCUUUAAAUAUAAAUCACACGAGCGAGAAGAUACGCACGGUGUAAUAAGUGUUCCGGCGUAGAAGUAUAGAUACUGCGGAUGAAUACUAAUAAAACGAUAGUUUAUUCCGAAUACCGGAAACCGUUAUAACUGGUAUCGACCGUUUUGACAUUUAUCAUAAGUAGGGUGUAGGUUUAUUUCAAUACGUGUAGCCGUCUUCGCCGUUGUGCACGUUGAAUAACAAUCGUUACGGACCCAGUUUUCGAUAUGCGAUUAUUUUAUGAACACCUAUGCGAAAUACAAGUACGGGCUGAUCAGCAGAAUUGAUAACGAUAUGUUUAAAAUACGGUUUUCAACGACUCAAUCAACCACACAGUGUUGUUUGAAACGAUUGAUCUAACCGUCAUGAAAAAACUCCACUCAAGGUGCCUCGUCACUGACAUAUUUUAUUUUCUCAGUCAGUCUCGUUGGUGAGCAUUCCGCAUUUUCACGUUUGCGGCUUUCUGGCUGUUAUUGAGACCAAGCGACCUGUUAUAAAUUGAAUAAAAAUGAGUAUGUUACUAUGGAUCAUACGAUUGGCUUUUUAGUAUUUUGAUUUAGUAAUUCGAGUUGUAUACCCGUUACUGUACGGCGCACGCUUUACGUUAUACCUAUGUAAACAACGCACCUAUAUAAUAAAUAUAUACAAAUAUAUAACAUAAAAAAAUAACGUACUCCCAGGUACGCGAAUCGUUUAAAACCGAAAUGUGUUUCGGAAAAGGCUGUUUCAACGUAAUUAAAAAUAGCGAAAAAACCAAUCGAAAACAAAACAAGAUUUGUUUAAAAUGUCCAUGUCAACUCUGCUGAUAACUGAUGAGUACCGAAUAUGCCUCUUUAGGUGUAAUUUUUACGAUACAAAUAGUGUGCAUAAAUUGAUGAACAAAACUAAACACGCGUAUUGCAGACAAAAUGACCUUUAUUUACGAAUUAUUAUUUUUCGUCUCGAUCUAGCUCAAUAUAUUUUUCCGACGCGCGACGUUUAAUAAGUUAUAAUAACGUGUUAUAAUGAAGGUGAAUUUGGAGUUUAAAAACACACCUGUAGUAACAUUAAAAUGUUUGGAGGAGGGGGGGUUAACUUCUCAAUCCCUCAUUGCGUAUUAUACGCCCCUAUUCAUAUGACUUUCGCAGCUGACGCAUCAUCGGCGGGAAGCGUUAGACUUCAAACAUUUUUUUUCAAAACUCCGAACUGUCGAAUCGUUUUCGAAUAAACGCUUUUCAAUCGUUUCGUAAUAUUAAUGUUAUUGUAAUUUUAUUCAUAGAUCGAUGAAUAAAUUAUAUUAGGUACCUACCUAUACUGUUAUAAUAGCCGACGAGUAGGUACCGUAGCGUGUACCUACUGUACCUAUAUGCACCUAAACAUUGAUACCUACACAACCGCUUUGUCCGGUAUUAUUAUUCAACCCGUUCCACAUAAUAAUAUUAUAAUCACGUUUUUGAAUCGACGUAUUAUAAUUAUGAUGUAACGGAAAAAUCGCAUCGCUUGUCGAGGGGGUUUGAAUGGAUUCGAUCACUUCAUUAUCGUGUAUUGUAUCUGAAAAUAAUUUAUUAUACGGAUGAAAUAUUUUUAAUUUAAAACCAGCGAAUUUUUCUAUUUUAAAUUAAAAACGGUUAAACAGAAAUUAUUACAUUUAGCUGCAAACGAAAUCGAAUAGGCCAGAUAUUACACUUGUCGUCAUGUAUGCAAUGUGUAUCGGACACUCAAAUGAUAACCUGAAAUAUUUCCGUCGGUUGGCCUCGGAUUGUAACGUGUUUUUGUUUUUUUUUUUUUUUAAUUCCCUUAGGGUAGGAAAAUACACGAUAUGAGCCGAUUUUCUUAAAUAAAAACACCUAUUUUGGAACGCCAUCAACCAAAUAGUCUAUUAUUUUUUAAAUCUCAAAACUCACCCGAGAUAUAGCUGGCAUUUAAAAUAUAUUAAAAAAUAUGAUUAUACUCUCGAUUUUAAAAUUUCAAACGCAUAUUUUAAAAGGAAACAAUUAUCAUUUUGUGAAGGGGGAGAUAAUGGGUGUUCCUGUUUAAGUAAACGAGAAGGGGGAAACGAGAACGUUUUAAACAUCGGCUUAAACGAUGUGUAUUUCGGUACUCUUCCAAAUUCCCAAAAGAAUCCCAUUUCCAUCUAAAUCCAUCCGUAUUACCGUAUUACACUACGUUUAUUAUACCUGUAAAAUGUAUACCGAGUAAUUCAUUUAUUAUGAAUUAGGGACCUAGGACUUUCUCAGAGGAUUUUAAUUGAAAUAAUUUUUUUUUUCAGUCAUUAUAAAAUUGUUUAAUUUUGAAAAUUCACGUAGGUAUGACAGAUUUAUUCACUCAAAUUUUAUUGCCCUAUAAAAUUGCGAGUUCUUUAUAAAUGGAUCACUUUGUAUACAGAAGGUAUUCCCCAGAGAUUCGACAAAUACAAUAACUUUUGUUUUAUACAAUAUUUUUAAUUUGUUUUUUGUUUGUAAUAUUGCGCUCUGAUUUACAUUUUAUAAUUUGUUUAACUAAAAAUUAAAAUAAAAUUUUUGUGUACAAAAUUUAAGUCAGCAAUUUCAUGCAUUUAUUUUGAUACAAAAUGUGGUGUUAAAAAUGUUUAGUAUAAUGAUGAGCCAUUAGCUUACUAGAAUUUAAUUAUUAUUUAGUAUUGGAAAUAAAAAAAAUAAAAAUAUUUGUAAUCUUUGUAAAAUUUUAGAAAAUUAACGACUUGCCAUUAGCAAAGAGAUUUGUAAAAACAAAAUUUCUUUUCAAAAUUUAAAAAAUGACUAUUAGGAUUUUGUAAAAAAAAAAAAAAAAUAUAGUGUUUUCGGUUUAAAAAUACAGCGCAAUUUAUCUAUCGCUACUUUAAACGGUUGUUUAUUAAUUUCGGAGCCUCUAUAGUAACCUUUUAUAAUAAUAUAUAUUAUAAUAAUAAUAUAUUAUUAUGUCUCCGACUCUAAUUUACAAUUCUUUGUGUCUUAUGAAAGGGUGGAAAACAUUUUUAAUUUUUUCGUUUUCGUUUUACGUUUUUGAUAAACGGUUUUAAAAACGUUGCUAAAUGGUUUUAAAAACGUUGCUAAACGUUUUUGUUUUUUUUUCUCUAAAGUUAAACAUGGGAUAAAUAGGGAGAUAUUUAGGGUAGAUUAUAGGGUAGAUAUUUAAAACAUUAUAUUAUGUAGACGUUAACAAUUCGUUUUAUUUAUAACAGAAACAAGUUACUUAGGAACAACAUGUUAGUGUAUAUCUCAAAAAUUUUAGUAACUAUAACUAUAGCACAUAACUGAUAAAGUUAUGUUAUAACUUAUAAGUUACAACCAUAUUUACGUCCUACUUCAUAUAAACGCCGAAACCGAUGGAUGUUAACCACAGUUUUCUUAUACAGCUUUAUUAAUUAUCAACAAUUAGUUAUAACUUAUCAAAAUUAGGUACCGCUUUUUCGAUAACAGAAUCAUUAUUACUAUAGGGCAUAGAGAAAUAAAACGAUUACAAAAAGUAAAACAGCAAUAAAUAAUAGCAAUAUUUAAAAAAAAAAUAAAAAAAAACUUUCGUUAUUGAAUUUUUUUCGUUUAAUAACGUUUUCCUGUGGUUUUAUAAAAAAAUAAAAUAUAGUUCAAGAGUGAAUAAUUUAUUUCAUUAACUAAAAUACAGGUAUAAAAAUUAUACCUAAAUAUUGAAUUUUGUUUCGAUACUAGUACAGUACUAGUAACUACUAAUUACAGUAACUAGUAGUUCACUAGUAGUAACUAGUUGUUCAACAAGGUGCACAUUUACGAAUUAUAACAUACACACUUGAUACAAUAAUACAAUAAUUUAAAAACCUGCUGAUACGUGCGGAUGGGUGUGCCAUUAAAUAGAGUUAUUAAUUUAAUUAUUUAAUAUAUAUCUUUAUACAACAAUAAAUCAUUACCUACAAAUUACGGUUCUGAGCGAAGUUCGGUUUAAAAUGUCUCGAGAUGCCGUGAUUUUUACGUUUUUCGUCAAAAUUUGAACUUAAAGUGCUCACAAAACAUAGUUACUACAUUACAUACUCAAUUUUACUUUUUUUUAAAAUCAAAUAAUAUUUUUAAUGAUUAUUGUAUUGAAUUUGCAAGUAUUUCUUUCCGUCCAAUUAAUUUUAUCUAUACAUAAAACGAAAUAAUAAACAAAUAAUUCCGUAAAUGUUAGGUGUCUAUAAAUAGCUCAAAAAUCAUCAAAAUGCUUUAAAAAUUAUGCAGCGUAAACAAAAGACUAUUUAAGAACCUAUUCUAUGAAAAUUUUAGAUUCUAAAAUUAUUUUUAACUAAAUUACAAUAAAAAGAAAACAAAAUCGAAAAUAAUGAAACCAUUGUUUUCAUAAACUUUCUCGGUUUUCCUAAGUUUUUUUUUUCGUAUUUAUUUGUAAAAGGAUAAUGAUAAAGGAACCUAGUUAUUCUAACUGAAUUUGAUCUGAAAAUCCCUCUUGUAGUUUCGUUUUCAAGCAAGAUUUGAUAUAAAAAUAUAAAAAUUGUUCACAGACACAAAAAAUAAAAUGUCACACACAAUCGCAAUGAAGCCGACAAUGUCACUCCACUCAUGAUAUUAAAAAUAUGUAAAUUAUAAGAAUCAUAGCGCAAGAACAGUUGCGCGGUGAAGGUGGUCUGCGCAUCAAACAAAAUUGAUAUGAGGUAUAGAACUGUAGGACCAUAGAACCGUGUCUUCGAAAUCAUAACUAUUAACAAUAUAUUGUAGGUACUGAUUUGUUCGUACGAUGUGACGGUAACGAUAUUAGCGGUGAUGGUAAAUAUCGCCAAUGUUUUAUCUUUAAACAAAAAAAAAAAAAAAAAAAUGUUCUACAUUCUAUUCGUGCGAAUCUCUAGGCGAAAUUACAAACAAAAAAAAAAAAAAAACCCUUAACAUGAGUUAUUGCGUUUGCCAAAUUCCCGCGGCAUACCCUGUGUAACAAUGUACAAAUAUUGUACAUCUGUUUUUGUAUAAUACACUUACCCACAUGUUGCGUUUAUACGUUUACGCUACCGGGACAAUUAAAUGUUUUAUUUAUUACGUAAAAAUGACGCAAAAUUAGUAGGUAACAUUGGUUUACAAUAGGAAUAAUAAUAAAACGAUUAGCCGAUGACAAUGCAAUAUUAUUUAUACAUGAUAACAUGAAAAAGUUACGUAGACGCACCGAGUCGAUAAAAAAGAAAAAAAGAUUUACGAAAACCGAAAUCGUGUUUAGAACACAAAAGACGCGCGUGUAACGGUUUUGUUUCGUUUACCAGUAAAAGUUCUACGCGAACAAACGUACACAAUAUAAUCGUAAAAUAACGCCUACACACGCAUCGCGUGCAUUGUGCGUUUGUGUAUUUUGCGCGACGUUGAAAAUAUCGAGAAAAAAAACCGAAAAAAAAAACAACUAAAAGAAAGACGUCGGCGAUUGAUUAAUAACAACUCGCGUUACAUUCGUUCGCUCGUCCGCCGUACCGAGAGGAUACGAAAGGACACGUGGCGGUUGGCGGGCGGCCGCGGGGAAAUCGCAUACGCUCGUCAGUUUAUCGCGUGCGCCGACAAACGUUCUUGCAACCGUUACGCAAAAGGAUCCGUCCGGUCGGGGACGUGGUAUCGCGUGUAACGCGUGUGCGCAGACGGAAUUCGAUCGCUCCGGCGCUCGCGAUCGCGAUCGCGAUUUUUCUCCGUCCCCUGCGUCUGCGUUAACGCGCUCCGCGGCCGGUGCCGGCGCUGCGCGUUAUAAGCGAAAGCAGUAAAGGAGAGGAAAAAAAAAAAAAAAAAAAAAAAAAAAAGAAGCAAAAAAGACUUUCUUGACGUCUGCGCGCGCGCGUGUGUCAUCCAGAUAAACCGGAUAAUAAACGAAACGUUCGAAUCUCCGCGCCGCGAUACCGAACGGCCGGCUCCGGUAAUUAUUAUAUUAUAAACCACUUUCUUUCCGGUCGCACCCGAAAUAUGUACACCUCCUAUAUAUAUAUAAAUAUACCUAUAAUAUUGUACACUCGCCUAUACGUUAUUAUUAUUGCUAUUGCUAUUGCGAACGCGGCGUAUUAAAAAAAAAAAAACCGUGUAAUUUCACCGGUAAAACGUCGCGUACCGCGUAUAGCGGCGGUCCCGGUCAAACCGCCACGGGCAACCGGCCGGACCACCGAAACGCGUACAACAUAAAUAAUAUACGCACGCACACGCACACGCACACGCGUCUAUGUAGGUAUGUAUCUUACGGAUCGGGUUUGUAAUGUAUACUCUCGUCCGCGUAUACGCACACACACACACACACACACAUAUAUAUAUCCGUUCGUCAAUCGCGUUAUUAUGAUUAUUAUUUUUUUUUUUUUUUUUUAUUAUUAUUCCCUAUAAAUCGGAUGUCGCGAUACGCGACGAGGCUUUCACUCCGGCCUCCGACCGGCGUUGCGGCCGGCAAAAUCGAAACGGAACGCGCGCGUCUCUCUCUCGCGUCGUCGCCCGUACGCGGCGCAAAUACGUUCUCGCCCGUAAUCCGAGUGGCGGACGAACAGACGCGCGGCGCGGAACGGUUUUCACGCGGCGCGCCGCCGCCGCCGCCGCCGCCGUGCGUGCCGAUCGUAAUGGUCGCCGAUCGCGUUUUGACGGCGGCGUGAAAUCAUUGCUCGGGCGCCGCGCGUCGGGGUCCGCGUUCGCUUCUGGCCGGACGGACGGCGUUUUCCGCCCGCACCCUCCGCCGCCGUUUCAUCGACUUUUCGCCGUGUGAUCGGCGUUCGAAAAAAUGUUUUUCCGAAUGGCGUUCGGCGCUGUUUAGUGCUAAACGGCAACGCGCGCGAAACGAACAAUUGCGAUCGGCAUUACGUAUUCUGACGUACGAUCGUACAUGGCCGUAUGUUGAUCGGUUCGCAAUGAUUCCGCAACACGAAACGAUGUGAAUGUCGACUGCCUCCACUCAAACUCCGGGGAUAAAACGUAAUUUACACACUAGUUUAUUUUCAAUUAGUUUUCGAAAUCAACCAAUCGACAGAGACAUUUAUACAUUAAUACAUAAUAUUCAACAGUGUGGUUACUGGCGGUUUUUUUAAACAAAUAUUUCUAUCUACACUUUUACACUUUAAUUAUUUGGGGAAAUAGUUGAUCGUGUGAACCGGGCUUAUAAAAGGAUUUAACGGUGAACAAGGUAAUGGUUUUUUCAUUUGAAAUUGAGUUCGAACCCAUCGAUUUAAAUAACCGCGUACACUUUAGAGAAUUUGAAUCGAACACACGGAGAAUGUAAUAUUUUCUUUCUAACUCCAAGGCCCAGCGCUAAGAAAUGCAUAAAUAUAAUUUCGUUUACAUUUUUCAGAUGAAGGUAGCGGUAACCGCAUUAACACUCCUAGUUACCGUGGAGCUGGUACUCGGCGUACCACCGCCCGGUUACGGUCCACCACAACCGUUUCCGCCUCCACAAAAGUACAGGCCACAAAACGGAGGUCCCAUCCCAGCCAAGUUCCCGCCGUUUUCCGGCAGUCAUUUCGGAAAAAAUGAAUACUACUCCAAAUUUAAUCCCCAUUUAUUGCCACCCGGCGUGCGCUUACCGCAGUCAAAAUUACCACCAACCUUCGGUAAAUACCCCCCGCCACCAUCGCCGGGCAAAUAUCAACAGUUUCAACAGCAACAACAACAUCAGCAGCAGCAGCAGCAACAACAUCAGCCGCCUCCACACCACUUACCCAACUUUAAGCCGAUAGGACCGCAAUUUCAGUCGAAACCGCAGUUGCUAGCGAACUUACCAAACCAGCACUCCCCGCAAGGCCCACACCAGUUCGGUGGCCAAGAUCAGCAACGGUUACAACCACAACCGCAACCCUUGCCGCAGAUAACCAACAUUCGGACGGGUCCCAAGUUAUCUGUUGGGCCACCGGAUUUCCCGACACGUUUUCCCAGCAUCCCGACCACUGCCACCGCCGCCGCCUCUCACGUAGUGCCAGCCACCCAGCCUCCGCCACUGGAAAAACGUAGAGGACCCUACAUAAUCAACAGCGACGACGAGAGAGGUCCCAUCAAGACCAUACCGGCCCCGAAUCUUAAUCCGGCUGACAAACCUGCCAAUUUUGACGAACAAUUAUACAGGGCGCAGCAUCAGCAAUCGUUCGUUCAACAGUUGGACAAUUCCAUAACUGACGAAAAAUCAUCGUAUCAGGUAUAACUAUCUAUAUAGAGCCACUAUUAACUUAAGACGUUAGUACGGGACGUAUUAAUGCUGACUUCCCAUCAUUGGGUAUUAUAAUAUUGGAAAAUGUCCGUUUUUUUAUCCCGAAUUUGAUAGUGUUUCCGAAAUAAGUCACGUCUGUUUAUUGUUCAAGUUACAGUAAAAAACAACUUCGUAAAACUCAUUUUUUUCAAAAUAUUUUUUUUAAUUGCCAAAAAUCGAAUUUUAUUUUUAUUUUUUUUUCUAGACGUUGUAAAGUUUUGAAAAUAUUUUGUUGGUUUUUGAGCUUUACAUAAGCAUUUUAUGUUUGCAGGUUUUUUCGUUGUUAUUAUUCAGUAGGUACUCUAUGGAUAACACUGUUAAACCAAUUAUACAUUUUUAAAAAUUUAACAUAAGGUUAUAAGUCGUAAUUUAUGUUAAAAAAAAAAUAAUAAUAAUAAUAAUAAUUUAAUGUACCUACAAAUUUUUUUUUUUUUUUUUUGAAGAAUUUUAAUAUCAAAUUUUAACGAAAUUCGUAAAUAUUACAGUCUUUCAAUACAUAAAUUAAUUAAUAUAUAAUAUAUAAAUUAAAUUUCUUUCUAUAUCCUACCUUCCCAACCCAACUACAACAGUAGCCCAUUCAUUGGGCCAAUUAUGUUCGUUUUUUUAAUUAUUUAAUUGAGCCCGUACAAAAAUGUACCUAUACAUUUUUGUUGAAUUUUACACGAAAGUUGAACACGAGUGUUCAUUUUACUGUAUAGUUCAGUGUUUUAACUGUUAUAUAUUUAGAAUAUAUUCUAUAAUAUAACCUUAGGACAAUUCUGGUAGCUCUUUUGGACCGAAAUAGUUAAACUCGGAGAUUUGAACUGUUUUAUGGGCCAUGUGAUGAAUGACUCGACGGGUAUCGCGUGAAGUAUGGCCGUCUUUAUUUUUGUUGCAAUUCGGUUGAAUAUAUUCGUAGAAAUGCGCAAUUUCGACUGAAUAUUUAUAUUUAUCUUAUUAACAUAUUCUAAAAACGAGGUAAAAUAUUCAAAUGUUUUAGCGAUUUAUAGACAUUUGACAUUUUCUAUUUUUGUAUUUGAUUUUAUAUGAAUAAAAUUGUUUGGUAAAACAGGAAUGCUUGACAACCUAACAAGAGGUUAGUUAAAAAUGUAUACUUAAUAGCUAAUGAAAUAAGCUGGACGUCAUCAUUUUUUUAUAAGCAUUUUAAGCCCAAAUUUUAACAGAAAUCAUAAUUCAGUAGUUCAAAUCAAUAGUAUACCACACAGAUUUUUCGUACAAACGAAAUUAAAAUAACAUUAUGUAUCCUAACAUCGCAACUACGCGCCCAAGUAGCAUGACCAACAGAACAUUUUAUUCUUUAGUCGAUAUAAUAUUUUAAUAAAAACGAUAAGCGAAAUAGAAAUAUGUUGACGGCCGAUGCGUGGGGUGGUCCCAGUUCAGUUAUUUGAAAUGUUUAAAACUAUGAUACGUACUCCGGUACUGGAUUUUAAUAUUUCUCGAUUUUUCAUACAUCCUAAUGCUAAUAAUAAUAAUUAUUAUUAUAUUAAUAAUAUUACGAUAGUUUGAAAUUAUCAUUUUUAGAAAAUAUUAUUACUUUCUCUCGAAACAAUAAUAUCACGACAAUAGAAAUUAUGAUAGUAUAGAAUAAAACGUAAAUUCAAAAUUUGAAUUUAUGCCGUACAUACAAUGAUAAAAAAAAAAAAUAAAAUAAACAUGACUAAUGUCAAUUUCAAUAGUUUCAUAUUACAAUAAUGCGGCGUUAAAUCAGAGAAAGGAGAGGACAACUGUAAAAUGUAAUAUAACAAUUGGUACCACGUGAAUAUAGUAGUCAGUACAUAUUCAGUGUUUAAGACUCUUAUUAUAGAAUAGAAAAAAUAUUAUAUACAUAUAACCAGGCACUCGUUGUAGUCGUUAAAUAGGAAUUUACGUAAAUAUUUAAGUCGCGAAAAAAAUGAGAAAUCUUUGCGGAAAAAAAAAUUGGUAUUGCUCAUAAUAAUAUUAAAACUACACGAACUCGAAUAAUGUCGACUAGAUUAAAUUUUGAUUACUUUUAAUUUAAUAUUUUAAUAGGUAUUCGUACAUUUCCGUAUAAAAUAUGACUAUAACAUAAUUGUUGCUUUCUAAAUCGAAAAAAUUAGAUCAUCGAGUAUAGUAGUAGGUACCCAAUAAUAGGUACCACAAUAGGAUAUCUUGUAAUAACAACAGUGUCUGAUAAAUUGUAAAACGAUUGACUGCGAACGAUUACGAUUGAAUCGACUGGUUCGCGAGUCCGUAUCAACUAAUAUGACAAAUAACUAAACGAAAAAAAAAAAAAAAAAAAGCGAUUGAUCGCGAUCAAACAAAAACCGUGGCUAGUUCGACAGUUUAAUCCGGAAAUAAAACGUCGAUGAUGUUGUCCGUUUAUCGCAACGCGACAUAUAAAAAAAUCAUCGAGGUCUCGGCGUCAGGUUUAGGACAGGUAUUGUCGUCGUAAUAAAAUAUUCGAUUUUCGUACAUUUUUCAGGUUACGGAAGAUCCGAGUGCGUACAAACCGCUGAGCGGUCAACCGUCGUAUUUCGCCCCGGAUCCAGACACCGUGCAAGGCCCCAAAAUACAAUCGCCCCCUAUAGAUGUAGCCGACUCGAUACCGUCCGUCGGCAAAGUCCCGCUGGACGUUGCCCUGCAACAGCAUUUGGACGCGCAACACCAACACCAACAGGUGCCGGCCGCCGCCGCCGCCGCCGCCGAAUCCGGAGACAAGUUGACGGCCCAGGAGCUGUACGCGCUAUUGAACGGUAACGGGGUCGCCUCCGCGGUGGUACCGCAGACCGCGUAUAUGGUACCGCAACAGGUAAUGUACGCCGUGCCGCAACCGCAGCCGUUGGACCUACAAAUCGGGCAGCCACUUCAAUACUCGCCGCAGAGCGUUCAGUUGCAGUACGCACAACCGCUGACCGCCGCCGCCGCCGCCACGGGCGUUGAUUUACAAUACCUGCAGCCACAGACAGUACAGUAUCAACAGCAGCCCGUCCACUAUCAGCCACAAACCGUCCAGUACCAACCACAGGCGGUUCAGUAUCAGCAGUAUUUGCAGCAGCAGCCCGGACAGUACAUCUCACAGCAACAGACGGCCGAAGAUACGCCGUCGUACGAACAAGAACAACAGCAGCAACAGGACCAGUUACAACAACUACAAGAACAGUCACAGCAGCAGCAGCAGCAGCAGCAGCAGCAGCAACAACAACACCAGCAACAGCAACAGGAUCAGCUGCAACAGCAACAGCAACAACAGUACACACAACAACAACAACAACAACAGCAACAACAGUACACACAACAACAACAGCAACAACAGGCGGUGGAAACCAGCGUGCAGUAUCAGCAAGAACAGGAGUUGCAAGACUAUGAACCUCGAAACAAUAAGGCUACCGCUGCACCGGAACAACAAACGUUGCAGCAGCCGGACGAGGAAAGUCUGCAGCAGGACCGAGGAAACUUCGAGAGUAUUCGGAACCAGUAUUAUUCGGCCGUGCCCAACGAGCAGACCGCGGGCGUAUUGGCUCAGAUUGCCGAGUCAGCGGCAGCCAACCGGGACGCGGUGGCCGAGUCGUCCGCCGCGGUAGUGUCGGCGACGCCAGCGGUCGACCAGCCGAGCUACGGCAAACCGUCCGCGGAGAAAUCGGCCACCGGCGAACAGUCGGCGGCGGUGCAGAUGCAGACCUCCGUGCAGAUCCAACAGUCGGUGCCGCUGUACGAGGGUUCUUACGCUUCGUCGAGGCGUCACCAGGAGUACGCAGACGAUGGUGGCGUGCAUGACGAGCUGAUGGAAGGCAGCGAAUCGGUAGCCGUUUCCGAGUCGGCCGCGGUGCCGUCGCCGUCGUCGGUCAACGGCCACGCACCCAGUCAGUUCCCGUACAACGCGGCCAAAAUAAACGCAUUCGCUGCCAAUUAACACCCACCACGAAGCCCGCCAAACACUGGGUCACCGUGAAAUUAUAAUAUUGUAAUAAUUGUGUGUGACCGUAAUUUUGUCGCUUUUGUAAUAUUUUAUCGGGACACGAGAAAACCGACGACGGUCAUUUCCAUUUAAUUUAUCGGACGAUGGACGUAAAAUUAUUAUUUAUUUUUUAUUUUUGUACCUAUUUUUUAUUUUUUUUUUUUUACACUAUUCGCGCAUGCGUUUUCGAUCCCGACGCUAUUAUUAUUUAUUGAUUUUUCUAAUUAUUAUUAUUAUUAUUAUUAUUAUGACGAGUUAAAAUUAGUGAAAUGCUAUUUUAUUCGUUUAAAGACUAUACAUUAAGUUAUUAUUAUGUAAACCACGUGAUCAAUUGCUCAAAUAUUAAUAACCGCGCGUGGUAUCAUGGUAAUCAUGUCUUCGUGGUUACGAACACGAUUUUUUUCUGUCAAUCGAUAAACGUGUACAGUAUACAAUAUAUGGUACUGAUAUGCGAAGAUUUUGGCAACUAUUAUAUUAUUAGACUUAUAAAUGUUGAUUUUAGCUGGUACUCGUAAUCGUUACAUACAAUGCGUGUACAUAAUAAUAAAACAGCAGUAUUAUAAUAUUUCGUAGCGUACUUUGUAGAGUUUUUAUUCGACCGAAAUGACCAGAUAAAUAAAAGGAAUACCGGAAAAAGAGUGAUGGACAUCCCUAUCUAUGAGUACAUAACUAUCGAACUAUACAAUAGUUUGAUAGACAUUCGAUAUAUUUUAUAUUAAUACGUAUGAAAAAAAAAUAAAUAGAUUUGCAAUACUCCGAUUUCCAUUAUGCACACAUGUUGGUACGUUUAUUUUAAACAUCCAAUUCACCAACUUGUUUUUCACUUAUUAUUAUUUUAGGUGAGUUUUUUGCAGCGGCAUUUCUAGACUCUUCUUAUGAGGCAGAGGGAGCAAUGUAUUCUCAAAAUGUCUAAACAAAAAGUCAUGAAAUAACAACUACGACAAUAUUAAUAUAAUAUACGACAAUAAUUGAGAAAUGAAAAUAUUUUAAUUCAUGUUCUUUAAUGUAAAAUAGAAAAUAAAACAUUUAAAUUCAUAAAAUAAUCAAUUUUUAUUUUGUUAAAUCUAUAUUACACUGACCAUGGAGGGGGAAGCAAAAAUGACACCAUUGCCCCUUCUCUCAAGUACGUCACUGGUUUAUGGUUUUACCAAUCAACAUCAUAUAAAUGUUUACAUGUUAACUAACAAAAAACCACCCAGGGUUCAAUGUACGAAUUUUCAGUUAAAUCAGUAAGGUAUUGUUUCGGAGAUAACAGUGUAACACCUCCUAUGAAAAUCGGACAUAAUGUAAUUUUAUGUCAAUUUAUGUCAAUAAAUUAUUGGAAUUAAACAUGGCACUCUACCUACUCAUUUGGAAGAGUAAGUAACCAGGAAAGUCGAUUUUCUGAACAGCAUUUACUGCAUGACGUCAAUAAAUCGGUUAUAAAUUUAGAAUAUAAUAACUGUUAGUGUUUUUGAUAGUUAUUAUUUCAUCUUUUUUUUAUUCGCAUAUAUAAAUAUAACGAGUACAUUUUUCGAAUAUUAGAUAUUAUCUAAAAUAAGUACAUUUUUCUACUACUAGAUCACAAUAGUACAACAACAAUAAAAUUGAAUUAUAUCUACAAUAAAAAUGCAAUAUAGUUAAUAUAAUACAAUAACUACCCAAAAAAACAUGCCGAUUUACAUAAUAAUUGUAUAAUUACAGUAUACACUUUUAUAGAAUAUCAUUGUCAAAAGUUGUAACAAUAAAAACGAUAAUUAACAUUCAAAAGAGUAAGGUAGUACCUAUACUGAUAUAACUGUGUGGCUAUACGUAAAAAAAAAAACAGCAUUGCGCAAUUUGAUUUUGUAUUACUUUCAGAGCCGGAUUAAGUGCUUCACGGAUCGUAAGCAAAUAAGUUGUAUGGGCUUAAUUGAUCAGCCGUGUCUAUGAACUAAAAAUUGAAAAAUAUCACGUUUUAUAAUUUGAUGUAUGAUAAUAUACAUAAUAUUUAAUAUUAAUCACAUAAUACAUAUCACAUUAAAAAUUAUAGAUUAUAAGUACACACAUUAAUAUUUAUUAAAAAAUAAGUCAC